AUGGAUAAGUUGGUGAAAGAAGAAAACUUACAAGGUGCUUUCCAAUAUUUGGAUAAUAUCACUAUUGCUGGACACACUCAAGAACAACAUGAUCAGAAUGUGCAGCACUUUCUUGAGGUCAUCAACAAGAGGAACCUAACUCUCAAUGCUACUAAAACUAUUAGAUCUGCUAAAUGGAUACAGAAUUUUUCUGCUAAAAUUCAACCGCUGGCAAGAGUAAAGAAAUUUCCUUUAAAUGAAGAAGCUUUGCUGGCUUUCGAACUACUCAAACAGGAAUUUGAAGGAGCAACACUACACUCUGUGGAUGAAAAUUUGCCUUUUGAGGUCGAAUGUGAUGCCUUGGAAGUAGCAGUCUCGGCAGUACUCAACCAGAGUGGCAGGCCUGUGGCCUUCAUGUCUAGGACUUUACAAGGAAGUUGA